AUGAAGCAAUUCUGUGGCAUUACCCUUUUUUUAUUAUUUCUAAAUAUACACAUUUACGAAAAAAAUAUUGUGAGUAACGAAAUUGUAAAUGUGAAAAAAACAAAUUUGAGAAAUGGCUCGUCAAUAAAAAAUGUCUCCUUACAAGAUGAACCAACUGAUGUAAACACGGAGAAUGAUCCCGUAAUGAAGCCAGUUCAAGGAAACAAUGAAGUACAGGGAAAAUCAAAAGAAUCAGACCUCAAAACAGAAGCGCAAGAAAAUAAGGAAAAUGCAGAAGUAACAGAAGGGGCAGGAGAUGCAGUGGGAGUAGAAAAAAAAGAAGAAGUAGAAGCAGCAGAGGGAGAAGAAGCAACAGAAGGAGAUGAUGAUGAAGAAGAAGAAGAAGAAGAAGGAGAAGAAGAUGAUGAUGAAGAAGAAAAAGAAAAAGAAGAAGAAAAAGAAGAAGAAAAAAAAGAAGAAGAAGAAAAAAAAGGAGAACAAGAACGACAACAAAAACAACAACAAGAACAACAAGAAGGUAACACCCAUCAAGCAGAUACAACAGAAGUAAAUGUAACUACAGAUGGGGUUCAAGAAGAAGUUAAAAAUGUCCCCCCAAAAAGUGAAACAGAGGAUCUAAAAACAAGUGAAAAUGCAAAAAGUCCAGUAGUGGAUGAAAAACAAGGAGAAAAUGAAGGAGCUACAGCAGUAGGAGAAGAUCCAUCAGCUCUAUCUGAAACAAGUAAAUCAGCAGAAGAAAUAAAAGCAGAGGUAGCAAAAGCACAAGCAGCAAAAUCGGAAGCAGAGAAUGCAAAAGUAGAAGCAGAUAAGGCAAAAAACGAAGCACAAAAAAUAGCAGAACAUAUAAAAAAUUCAAAUGCAAGAGAAGAAGAAAAAAAAAAUGCAGGUGAAGCAGCUAAGGAGGCAGCUCUUCAUGCAGAUAAGGCAGCAAGUUUGGCAAAGGAAGCAGAAGAAGCCGCAACUAAAGCAGGAGAAGCGGCAACUAAAGCGGAAGAAGGAGGAGCAGAAUUAGAACAGGUCAAAAGCGAGGCAAACAAAGCAGUAACAGCAGCAAUAGAAGCAAAAAAAGCCAAAGAGAAAGCAAUACAUGCAUACCUGAAAACAAAGAAUCAAGAUGUACUAGAACCAAUGGAAUUAUCAACAUCAGGGAUUGAUGAUGUAAACGAUAAGGAUGAACAAGUGAGAGAGGAAGUUGAUGAACCGGAAACUGAGGAAAACGAAGAUACUGAAGAAGAUCAAUUAUCGCAAGAAGUGGGAGAAGAACAUGAAGAAGAUGAUGAAGAAAAAGAAGAAGAAGAAGAGAAAGAAGAAGAAGAAGAAGAAGAAGAAGAAGAAGAGGAAGGAGAAACCCCACAAGAAGAAGGAAUUACACAAGAAACACAAAAAAGUGAUGACAUAGUAGAUGACAAGGAUGCACAUAAGUUACUUGCAGAGAAGCAUAAUAGCUCUAACCAUGCCUCAACAGCAGAUGAUGUACUUUUCAAAACAGUAAUUAGCGAUCUGGGUGAUGAAACUAUUAAAAAUUUAAAACAAGAUGUUAAUCUAUUCUUUAAAAAUAAAUAA